CGCUUGCCAGAGUCUUCCGCGCGCCCUCGCGACGUCCCUUUCUCUCUUUCUUCUCUCUUGCUUCCAUCGCGCUCGCCAUCUGUACUAUUAAGCACCGCUAUACUAUUCACCGAGGGCCCAAUACACGGCCCGGUACCUACCCACGCGUCUCAACCUCCGAUUCACGACGGGCAGUGCGCUCAGCAAUUCUCACGAACUUGACCGCAACGACUACCGAGCCGCUUAGAGGGUUCAGUUGCACUCAACCACAGGCUUCUAUACAGGCUAGCACAUACAUCAGUUCUCUCCUUCCGAGCCUCGUAACACGACCGUCAUGCUCGCCCCCAUCGCUUUCGCCCUCAUGGGCUCCAUCCAUGCUGCGUCUGCUGCCCAGCCAGGCCUCUCCCGACGAGACGAUGUGCCGUCCGAGGGCUACUACAACCCGAAGGACAAUGGCGGCGCGAUGCUCACGCAAGUCGAUGGCACGUACCCUGAAGGCUUGGGGGAGCCGCUCAACAUGAUCAUCUCUGCCAACUCGGAUGACGAUGUCCUCGUUGACCAGGAGGAGAAUGGCGGAAUGCGGGGUUACUUCGCCUCUAUAGGUUUCGGUGGUGAAUGCCUGGGUCAAGUAGACACCCUCGUACAGCGCGCCAAUCUCGGGGACGGAGACGGCUACUCCAACCAGACAGGUCUUUUGCGCUGGGACUACGGCGACCCGAACUUCGGGACGUGCAAGGAGUCCGUCAACGGCGGCAACCACUUCCGUUACUGGGUCCAGAACGGCACGGACGAGAACAGUGGGGCCUACUUCCUUGCAGCAUCCUACGAGAAGUCGGCGAAGGAGAGCCACGACAUCGUCGUCAAUGGCUACAACAUCGCUCGCGACCAAAUCGUCGGUAACAUCACCGGCUCCGCCAUCGACACCUCGUCUCUCUCCGACGGGGCAACGUACUCCGGCUCGACCUCGUACAACGGGUACAAGUACCAGACGGACGUGCAGUACAAAAGCGGCCUGCUCGAUGCGACGAGCGACGGGAUCAACCACUACCAGAGCGUGCCCGAGGACGGGCAGCCGGCGAUUGACGGCCUCGUCGCGGUGCUGACGGUGAAGAUCACGGAGCGGGGGGCGACAUCAGAGGACAGUAACGCGGCUUUGUCCUUGCGCUUUUCGUUCUCCGCCGCGGCGGUGACUUUGCUAGCGUUUGGCGCCGUUGCGCUGUGCUUGUGAUCACCUGGGCGCUUCUUCGUGAACGCUCGGUGUCCUUCGCAAUUCCACAGCCGCUUCGGCCGUGUCCACUAGACCCCCGUGCACAAGAUAUUUAAUAGGAUAGAUGGCACAGCGUCGCCCAUACCCACCAAGACUCGCUACUACCAAUGGACACCUACUAUAUCUACGGACUAUCUACCCCCUACGUAGCAGGCAAAUCUACCACUCAUGGUGAAGGACUGCCUUCUAUCUGCUACACCAGUAGGGCACCACUACUACCGCUGUAUAGGGCAGCACGUACACCGCAGCAUGAAGGACUGCGUCGAGACGCUUUGCUACCGUAUGUACAACGUUGCUCUAUACCUACGUUCUUUGCUGUGCAUGCGUUCACGCCCCCUUCACUGCGAACUCGAGAGAGA